CUGGGUGCUGCACAGGCAGCCUCCACCGCUCCUCUCCUCGGGGCUCGGCUCCUGGGCAUGGCAAGGCCCACCAUGGCCACCAGCCCGCUGCACGUCCCCCCGCCCCAGGGGCUGCUCCGGCCCCUGGCUGUGCCGGAGCGGCUGCUGCUGGGGCCGGGGCCCAGUAACGUGCCCCCCCGCAUUCUGGCCGCAGGCGGCCGGCAGCUCCUGGGCCACAUGCACCCCGAGAUGCUGCAGGUGAUGGACGAGAUCAAGGCGGGCAUCCAGUACGCCUUCCAGACUCGGAACCGCCUGACCCUGGCCGUCAGCGGCAGCGGCCACUGCGCCAUGGAGGCUGCGCUGCUCAACCUCCUGGAGCACGGCGACACCGCGCUGGUGGCUGUCAACGGCAUCUGGGGACAGCGUGCCUCCAGCAUCGCCAGGAGGCUGGGAGCUGAUGUCCAUGAGCUGCUGAAGCCCCUGGGCGAGUACUUCACUCUGUGGGACGUCGAGGAGGGCCUGGCACGGUACAAGCCCUCAGUGUUCUUCAUCACCCAUGGCGAGUCCUCCACUGGGGUGCUGCAGCCGCUGGACGGGCUGGGCGAGCUGUGCCACCGGCAUGGCUGCCUGCUGCUUGUGGAUGCAGUGGCAUCGCUCGGGGGAGCCCCCAUCUUCAUGGACCAGCAAGAGAUCGACGUCCUGUACUCAGGGUCACAGAAAGUCCUCAACGCCCCUCCUGGCAGUGCCCCCAUCUCAUUCAGCGAGAGAGCCAGGGAGAAGAUGCUGAGGAGGAAGACAAAGCCUCCAUCCCUCUACCUGGACAUGUCCUUGCUGGCAAACUACUGGGGCUGCGACGGGGAGCCGCGAAGGUACCACCACACGGCUCCCAUCAACAGCUUCUUCAGCCUGCGGGAGGCCUUGGCCAUGCUGGCGGAGCUGGGUCUGGAGAGCUCGUGGGAACGGCACCGCGCCAACUGCGCCCAGCUGUGCCAGGGGCUGCGCGACCUGGGCUUCGAGCUCUUCGUCAAGGAGGAGAAGGCGAGACUUCCCACCAUCACCACUUUCAGGGUGCCUGAGGGCUACGACUGGAAGGAGAUCACGGCCUUCCUCAUGGACAACCGUGCCAUCGAGAUCGCCGGCGGCCUGGGCCCCUCCGUGGGCAAGGUCCUGCGAAUCGGCCUCAUGGGCUGCAACUCGACCAGUGACAACGUGGAGCUUGUGCUGGGUGCCCUGCGAGACGCCGUGAGGCGCUGCGGCCGCAGCAGGAUGUGA